GCCUGCCCGGCCCCGCCGGGAAUUCUGCAGCCAUGGACAUCGAGGACUGCAACGCCAGAUCCUACAUCACAGGAAUCUGCUCUUCCUGGAAGGUGAGCGGCUGCGUGCGCCCCGCCAGCGCCGCCCUGCGCCCUCCCGGGAUCCCGCGCUGCUUCCCGGGAAUCCCGAUCCAGGGAUCUCCGGGAUUCCUCCCGCAAGGCCGUGGGGAUUCCCCCCUGGAGCAGGAAUUCCGCUCGGCCGUGGGGGGAGGGGCAGCCCGGAGCCCGCCCAGCCCCCGCUCGUCCCCACGCUCCCCCGCCAAUUCCAUCAAGGUGGAGAUGUCCUCGGACGAGGAGUCCCAGGGCCGCCUGCUGUCCCAGGAGGACAAGGAGGGGCUGGGCGAGGAUUCCCUUCCGGAGCCUUUUCCCGAACAAUUCCCGGAGCCUUUUCCGGAGCCGCAUUCCCCGGGCGGGAUUCGCCUUCCCAACGGGAAACUCAAAUGUGACGUGUGUGGGAUGGUGUGCAUCGGUCCCAACGUGCUCAUGGUGCACAAACGCAGCCACACCGGGGAGAGGCCGUUCCAGUGCCAGCAGUGUGGUGCCUCCUUCACCCAGAAGGGGAACCUGCUCCGUCACAUCAAGCUGCACUCGGGGGAGAAGCCCUUCAAGUGUCCCUUCUGCUCCUACGCCUGCCGGCGCCGCGACGCCCUCAGCGGGCACCUGAGGACGCACUCGGUGUCCUCCCCGACCGUGGGCAAACCCUACAAGUGCAGCUCGUGCGGGCGCAGCUACAAGCAGCAGAGCAGCCUGGAGGAGCACCGGGAGCGCUGCCACAGCUUCCUCAGGAGCAUCCCCACGGAAAACCCCGCACAGACAGGAGAGGAAAUCCGGGAGCUGGACAUGGUGCCCGAAGCAUUGCUGCACCCUGAGCGCCCCACCUUCAUCGAGAGACUGGCAGGGAGCUUCACCAAGAGGAAAAGAUCCACGCCGCAGAAAUUUGUGGGUGAGAAGCAGAUGCGUUUCGCCCUCUCGGAGCUGCCCUUCGAUGUGAGCCCGGGUUUCGAGAAGGACUCGGAGCUGGUCCCGGCCCGCGGCCACCCCCUGGACCCGCCCUACGCCGGCCCCCUGUCCCUGCUGGGCGCCGGGGACCCUCUGCGCCCGCUCCGCCUGGCCACCAACUGCAUCACCGAGGUGACCCCGGUCAUCAGCUCGGUCUACACCCAGAUCCAGGCUCUGCCCGCCCGCCUCGAGCUGCCGCGGGGCCGCGAUUCCUCGGAGGACGGCGCCGAGGGGAUCCCGGUGAUUUUCCGCAGCCGCGAUACCGCGGGCUCCCCGUCCAACGGCUGCCAGGAUUCCACGGACACCGAGAGCAUCCAGGAGGAGCGGGCUGGGGGCGGCAGCAGCCGCCACAGCCCGGCCUACGCCAAAGAGGAGCCCAAGGAGGAGCCCGAGGGCGCGGCUCGCUGCUUCCCCAAGGAAUCGCUGCGGGUGCUCAACGAGGAGGGCGAGCAGCUCCGGGCGUUCUGCUGCGAGCACUGCCGCGUGCUCUUCCUGGACCACGUCAUGUUCACCAUCCACAUGGGCUGCCACGGCUUCAGGGACCCUUUCGAGUGCAACAUCUGCGGCUACCGCAGCCAGGACCGCUACGAGUUCUCCUCGCACAUCGUGCGCGGCGAGCACAAGAUUUGAGGUUGGAAAAGUCCCCUCCCCUUCCUGCCUCUAACUCGUUUCUCCUCCCUUCGGUUUUCCACUCCUGUGUCGUGCUCGGUAACCGCAAAAUGUGAGGUUGGAAAACUCCCCUUGUCUCAAAUUCCACUUUUUUUCCCCCUUCGAUUUUCCCUGAUCGUGCGCGCCGAGCACAAAAUGUGAGGUUCGGAAAAAAUCCCCCCCCCACCCAAUCUGGAGUUCUCUGUUUUUUCCCUGAUUUUCCCUUCUCACAUCGUGCUCAGCGAGCACAAGAUUUGAGGUUGGAAAAGUCCCCUCCCCUUCCUGCCUUUUUGAUUCUCACCUUUCUCCUCCCCUCGGUUUUCCACCCCUGUGUCGUGCUCGGUAAACACAAAAUGUGAGGUUGGAAAACACCCCCGUCUUAAAUUCUCUUCUUUUUUCCCCUCGAUUUUUUCAGAUUGUGCGCGCCGAGCACAAAAUGUGAGGCUGGAAAAACAAAUACUCCCCAUCUGGAAUUCUCCUUUUUUCCCCCCUGAUCUUCCUUUCCCAUUUCCACUCCCACAUCAUGUUCAAAAUAUGAGGUUGGGGAAAAAAAAUCUCCCCUUCCUCAAAUUCUCUUUUUUCCCUGAUUUUCCCCUCUCGUUUUCCCUUCUACAUCGUGCGCCAGGAGCACAAAAUGUGAGGUUGGAAAAAAAAUCCCUCCCCUUGACCUCAAAUUCCCCUUUUUUUCCCCCUACAAUUUUCCCCUCCCAUCCUUAGGGCAUGGAACUGUUGUGUUGUUUUUAUGUUUUUCUUUUGAUACUCCUUUGCACUGACUUUGGCUAUAAAAACAAAACAAAAAAGUAUUCAAAAAACAAGAAAAAAAAAAUCCCAAAAAACCAGAAACCCACCCCAAAAACCCGACUGGCUCCGCCCAGGGGGAGCCCUUAAUCCUCCUUUUUAUAAACGGAGUUAUUUAAAUAUUGAAUAGGAAAGGACUUUUUUUUGUGCUUUUUUUCUCCCUUCCCCCUGUUAUUUAUUAAGCUUUUGAGUUGCUCUUUUGAUAAUUCUUGGGGUUUUUUACCCAACAAAAAAAAAAAAAAAAGAAAAAGAAAAAAAAAAAAGAAAAAAGUCUCACUUGAAUUUUUAGAGAUUUUUGGAGACUGUUCCCCCCCUUGCCCUGCUCCCGCCGGCUCCCGGCACUGCCCGGUCCCAUUCCCGGGCUAAAGGAACCUCAAAAUUCGGUGCUAACCCCCCCCGGGACCCCCCAAAAUCCAGCCUGACCCCCCCAACCCCCCCCAGCCCGGGGAGAGCUGCCCCAUCCCGAGCUUUAACCGGGGAACCCCGGAAUGGGACGUGGGGACCCCCAUCCCAAAUCCUUCCCCAAAUCUCCCCGGAGACUUUCCCCCAUCUCCUGACCCCACUGGGGUCCCCUGCAAUGAAGGAUGAGGGUCCUGGGGUCUCCUCCUCUUCCUCAGCACAAUCAGGGUGGGACCCCCAGAUCUGGGAGCCCCCCCAGGUUUGGGGUUUAACAAAGGGGGAGGAGCUCGGGGGACCCCAAUCUCAGCCUUUGGGGACCCUCGGAUCUGGGGGGGACCCCUUGCUGCAGCCUCCCAUCCUUAGGGACCCCCAAGCCCUCGGGAGCUGGGGGACCCCCCCAGCUCAUGGGGACCCCCAUCCCAUCCCCCCAACCCCUCAGAACUGUGGGAUCCCCACCCAUGGGGUCCCCCACCCCAAUCCUACACCCAUGGGGACAUCCAGACCUCCAUCCCUUUCUUCUGGGGACCCCAAUCCCAAACCCCACCCCUCAGUGCUGGGGGACUCCUUGCUGCAGCCCCCUCCCCACUUGGGGUCACCCCAGCCCCACACCCCAGAUCCUCACCCCUCAUUUCUGGGGACCCCCGACUCAAUCCCCCACCCACAGGGACCCUGAGGCUCCCACCCCUUGGGUCUGGGGGACCCCCACCCAUGGGGACUCCACCCCUGGGAACUGGGGACCCCCACCCUUGAUGACCCUCA